AUGGUAGACGACCCAGAGUAUAUCUCGCAAUUGGCAAGGCAGAUAGCUCUGCAAUUGAAUAGAGAUAGACCAAAUGAAGCAAUAGCAGCUCAAGUGCUGAGACUGGCCGACAAUCAAAAUGGCAUUGAUGCGUUCAUACGGUCUUGUAUGAUAUUUGGGAGAUUUGAUAAGGAGUUUUUAAUAGGUGUCUACAAGGAACGAAAGUGUGAAAAUAAUAAUGCGAACCACAGUAUUGGAACUGAUGGACCCAUUGAAGUGAAACUUGAAGUCCAAUCAGCUUCGCCACUAGACGACAACCUUGACCGAUUUGAACCAACCAAUAAAAUUGAAGUCAAAGAUGAACCAAAAGAAGAACCAGAAUUCACUCAAGUAGAACAGAAUUUUAAAUUAACCCAGAGAUCUCCUAAUCAAAGAAGACCAAAACUAGAAUCAAUCUCACGUCAUGAUCACGAUCAAGAAGAUAUAUAUUUAGGCCCGCAGCUUGUGGUUAAGAGGGGUAUAUCAGAGACCGCGCGACAAAAACUAGACGACAUCAGAAAAAAGAGAGCGAUCUCUUAUUCUGAGUCUGAAAACUUUGAUAAUCCUACAAGCACGCGGAAUUCUAAAGCGACUAGAACCCAUGAUACGAAAAAGAGAUUCAUCACAUCAAAUAAUAGUGGAGAUCUGUCUGGUCGAUUCUUAGUUAGAGGGAAGUCUUCUUUUUCUGACUCGCAGACAUCUUCACAUUCACCUUCACCUUCACACUCCCCUGGAUAUGAUGAAGAGUCUUUAGCGGCUCUAGACCGCGACUGGUAUAAUGCUGACGAAUUCGGACAAACUGCUGGCGAUGAUGACCAAUUCCUCGGUGGGGUCUCAGAAGCAAAUGCUGUCCUAGAGGCCAAGGUUCAAAAAAGAAUAUCUAUGCAGACAAGACAAAGGCACAAAGACAUGGACAUGUGGGAACAGAACAGAAUGAGAACAUCUGGAGUAGCAGGCUCGAAUGUUGUCGAUUUUGAUUUUGACAAUGAGGAGGAGAAAAGAGUACAUUUGUUUGUGCGCUCUCUGAAGCCUCCUUUUCUUGAUGGACAUCAAAUUUUUACUACACAGAAAGAUCCAAUCUCAGCUGUACGAGAUCCCCAAAGUGACUUGGCUGUUUUUGCAAGAAAAGGAUCUGCCAUUGUAAGGGAGAGACGUCAGCAGAGAGAACGCCAGCAACAAGCUAAACAGGCUGCUAGUCUCGCUGGAACCACAUUAGGUAAUGUGAUGGGUAUAAAAACAGGCGAGGAUGAGGAUGCAGCUUCGAGUACCAAUCAGUCAAACAAGUUUUCGGAUUUUUUGUCAUCGAACUCUAACCAGGCAUCCAAGUUCAGUCGAGAAAAGUCCCUUAAAGAACAAAGACAAUUCUUGCCUGCCUUUGCAGUUCGCGAACAGCUUUUAAAAGUUAUUCGAGAUAAUCAGGUUAUUGUAGUAAUUGGCGAAACGGGAUCUGGUAAGACUACUCAGUUAACCCAAUUUUUACUUGAGGAUGGCUAUGGUAGCCGGGGCCUAAUAGGUUGUACACAACCGAGAAGAGUUGCUGCUAUGAGUGUUGCCAGGCGUGUUAGUGAGGAAAUGGAAGUGAAAUUAGGUGAUGAGGUAGGAUACGCUAUCAGAUUUGAGGACUGCACCAGUUCGAAAACUAAAAUAAAGUAUAUGACAGAUGGUGUGCUUCUGCGAGAAUCGCUUGUCGACUCUGUUCUAUCAAAGUAUUCUUGUGUUAUUAUGGACGAGGCACAUGAAAGGUCUCUCAAUACUGAUAUACUAAUGGGAUUGUUCAAGAAGAUCCUACUUAAAAGGAGAGACAUCAAGCUUAUCAUAACAUCGGCAACUCUGAAUGCUGACAGGUUUUCGCAAUUCUAUGGUGGGGCACCUCAAUUUACUAUUCCCGGUAGAACGUUCCCGGUUGAUGUUUUUCACUCAAAAGCUCCUAUAGAAGAUUAUGUUGAUGCCGCCGUUAAGCAAGUGCUGACAAUACAUUUGCAAUCUGGGCUUGGGGAUAUUCUUGUGUUUAUGACUGGCCAAGAAGAUAUUGAAGCAACUUGUGAGAUGCUAAAAGAGCGCAUGUUGUUGCUUGAUAAACCAGCUCCACUCGAAAUACUGCCUAUUUAUUCACAAAUGCCAGCAGAUUUGCAAGCCAAAAUCUUUCAACCUGCUCCUGAUGGUAGUCGAAAAGUCGUAAUAGCUACUAAUAUUGCUGAGACUUCUCUAACAGUUGAUGGUAUAUCCUUUGUGGUCGAUAGUGGUUAUUCAAAGUUACGGGUUUAUAAUCCAAAGCUAGGAAUGGACUCUCUUCAGAUUACACCUAUAUCACGCGCAAAUGCUGGCCAACGAUCGGGACGAGCUGGUAGAACGGGUAAAGGUGUUGCAUAUCGGCUAUAUACCGAACGCGCUGAAGAGGAAGAAAUGUAUCCUCAAACUAUUCCAGAGAUCCAAAGAACAAAUCUGGCAAAUACUCUACUACUUCUAAAAUCAUUAGGUGUUGAUAAUUUGUUGGAAUUUGAUUUCAUGGACCCCCCUCCAAUGGAUACUUUAACAGUUAGUUUGUAUGAUUUGUGGGCCCUGGGGGCUCUUGACAAUUUUGGUCGGUUGACGCAUUUAGGGAAAAAAAUGUCUUCUCUUCCAAUAGACCCGUCACUUUCCAAACUUAUUAUAGAAUCUGUCGAGAUUGGAUGUACCGAGGAAAUGCUGACAAUCGUGUCCAUGCUAUCCACGCCAUCUGUCUUCUAUCGACCAAAGGAGAGACAAGAAGAAUCUGACGCUGCCAGGGAAAAGUUUUUUGUCCCAGAAUCCGACCAUCUGACAUUACUACAUGUCUAUACUCAGUGGAAAUCUAACAGGAAGUCCGAUGCAUGGUGUGGCAAACAUUUUCUAUAUUCUAAAUCCCUGAGAAGAGCCAAUGAAGUUCGCGAUCAGCUUGUUCUCAUUCUUGAAUCACAAAAUAUCUCAAUCAGAUCAUGUCAUGGUGAUUGGGAUGUUAUCCGCAGAUGUAUAUGCAGUGGCUAUUUCCACCAAGCAGCCAAAGUAAAGGGUCUCGGCGAGUAUGUCAAUCUAAGAACUCACGUAACAAUGCAACUUCACCCGACUUCUGCAUUGUACGGCCUUGGCUAUCUUCCCGAUUAUCUUGUAUAUCAUGAGCUUAUUCUGACAUCAAAGCAAUAUAUGUCGACAGUGACAGCAGUCGAUCCUCGAUGGUUAGCUGAAGUAGGAGGGGUUUUUUACAGCAUUAAAGAAAAGGGUUACUCGGCGGGAAACAUAGAAACGGAGAUGGCAUUUUCCAAGCAAAAAGACUUGCAAGUACAAAUAGAAAAGGACACAGAGCUAUACCAAUCGAUGAGAGAAAGGAAGAAUACAGAGAAGAAGAAAAAGCAAAAGAAAUCAGUAGUUGUACUUCCUGGGAAGGUUACAAAGUCUUUCAGGAGAGGAAUGUGA